AUGAUUGGUCCUUUCGCUAGCCCAUUCAAAAUCUCGAAGAACAUGCUCCCGAAACCUUAUAGACAUCCCUGCGAUCCUAACCAUGCUGAAUACCCUAAGAAGUGCGAAGAAAACAAAGCUAGGGUACGAUUGGAAAAAGUUAAAAAAAGAGAGUUUUUUUGCAAGGUUUAUAAAAUAUGCAUAGAAUACUCUGAAGGAACUCUGAUGUUAAAUGUUCAUCAGUUUUGGCGAGCUAGGGAAUUGGUUCCUCACUAUCAAUCUUCUCUACCUUUCCCGACAAGAACAAUUCACGAUAUAGUUCGUCAUUGGCAUGGAGCAGACAGGUCAAACCCUCUUUGGUGGCAACCUCACCAUUAUGCGAAACUAGCUACAACUACAAUAGAUCCUAUUAUGUAG